AGCCCAAGUCGUGACCGACUGACGCGACUGAAACACGCACGACUCGCAACGCGACCGACGCAACCUGAGACGCGAUGCCAGCCAACUCGGAGAAGCCUCACCUGUCCAUCGUGAUUUGCGGCCACGUCGAUAGCGGCAAGAGCACCACCACGGGAAGGUUGAUCUUCGAGCUCGGUGGUUUGCCAGAGCGUGAUUUGGAGAAGCUCAAGCAGGAGGCGGACCGUUUGGGCAAAGGUUCCUUCGCCUUCGCGUUCUUCAUGGACCGGCAGAAGGAGGAACGCGAGCGAGGUGUGACCAUUGCAUGCACCACCAAGGAGUUCUUCACCGAGAAAUGGCACUACACCAUCAUUGAUGCCCCAGGCCAUCGUGACUUCAUCAAGAACAUGAUCACUGGUGCCUCUCAGGCCGAUGUGGCCCUGAUCAUGGUGCCGGCCGAUGGAAACUUCACCACCGCCAUCGCCAAGGGAAACCACAAGGCCGGCGAGAUCCAAGGACAGACUCGUCAGCACUCGCGUCUCAUCAAUUUGUUGGGCGUGAAACAGAUUUGCAUCGGCGUGAACAAGAUGGACUGCGACACCGCAGGCUACAAGCAGGCUCGCUACGAUGAGAUCGCCAACGAGAUGAAGAGCAUGUUGGUCAAGGUUGGCUGGAAGAAGGACUUCAUCGAGAAAAGCACCCCCGUGAUGCCCAUCUCCGGCUGGAUGGGUGACAACUUGCUGAAGAAGUCUGAGAACAUGGGCUGGUGGAAGGGUCAGGACGUGGAGGUGGGCAGCGAGAUGAUCCACGUGGACACCGUCUACGACGUCUUGGACAAGAUGUGCCGUGUACCGGAGCGUCCGAUCAGCGCCCCAAUGCGCAUGCCGAUCAGUGGCAUCUACAAGAUCAAGGGCGUGGGUGAUGUGCUCGCCGGACGUGUCGAGCAGGGUGUUGUGAAGCCCGGUGAAGAGGUGGUCUUCCUGCCGACGCACACCACUAGCAACCCCUGCACUGGAAAGGUCUUCACCGUUGAGAUGCACCACCAGCGUGUGGACUUUGCCAACCCAGGCGACAACGUGGGAUUGAACAUCAAGGGCCUGGACAAGAACAACAUGCCACGCUCCGGAGAUGUCAUGGUUUACAAGAAGGACACGACCUUGGGACAGACCAAGGAGUUUGACGCUCAGAUUCAGGUCCUGGACAUCCCCAACGAGAUCAAGGUGGGCUACUCCCCCAUCGGCUUCGUGCGCUGCGGCCGCGCGGCGUGCCGCGUGAGCGCGCUGAAGUGGAAGAUGGGCAAGGAGACGGGUGGCAAGAAGAUGGAGGAUCCUCACUCCCUGAAGUCCAAUGAGAUGGCUCAGUGCAGCUUCCAACCGCAGCAGCCUUUGGUUUGCGACACCUUCAAGAACUGCGAGGGUUUGUCGCGUGUGGCUUUCAUGGAUGGCAACGGUGUGGUGAUGUUGGGCAAAGUCGUCAGCUGCGAGCGCAAGGGCGAAGGUGAUGACAAGGGCGGCAAGAAGAAGUGAAGAACGUUGAGCCGUGAUCACUUCGACCGCCCGUUCCACUUCACCGUGGAAUGCCCUGACUCUUCUUGCGACGAUCGGUCGCGUUUCGCGAUUUUGCUCCGAACCGCCGGAACUGCCGCGGAGCGAUCACCGUUGCUGUCUGGGCUGGACAGCCGCGACGUGGGCUGGAGACGGAUGAAGAGAA